AUGUUUAUUCUCACAAAAAUUGCCGACUUGGUCCGGAUAGACCCAAACGACUUCUCCAAAAGGAGUAUCCAUGCCAUCGAGGACAACAUCAAUGCCAAGUAUGCCAACAAGGUGAUCCAGAAGAUUGGCCUUUGCAUCUGCCUCUAUGACCUAUUAUGGACCUCAGAAGGCCUCAUCGGUCACGGUGACGGCUUCGUUAACGUCAAUGUCGAAUUCCGCCUUGUCGUUUUUCACCCGUUCAAGGGCGAAGUGAUGUUUGCCCGCAUCAGCAGCUGCAGUCCUAAUGGCAUUCACUUGCGCACCGACUUUUUCGACGACAUCCUUGUCCCCUAUGACGAGCUGCCGGACGAGGCAGAAUACGACAUGAACCAGCAGCUGUGGGUGUGGAACAUUGACGACACGCGCAUGUACUACGACAACCACGAAAUGGUGCGGUUCCGCGUCAUUGACGAGGAGUGGCACGACCAGACGCCCACGAAGCCUAUCGAGCGUGGUGAGGAGCCUGACGAACGCCGCAAUCCGCCAUAUCGCAUCCGCGGAAGCAUGAAAGACCCCGGUCUCGGCGUGUGCAUCUGGUGGGACGAGUGA